AUGUUAGAUAGCCAUUCAUUGGACAUAAUAUCACGGUUUAAGCAGUCCGUGUUGUCGAAGUCUUUACCAGGACCAGGACCGGAAAUUGGAGCUACCAGUAGAGGAAAUAAAAUUACUCCAGCCAGGACAAGUGAUAAUUCAUUAAUACCCAAGAUUGUUGAUUAUGAAGGAUCCACGCAUUUGGUAUUGACAAAUGACGCUAUAAUGAAGAGUACGUACCGAAACAAGCGCAGGUGGCAUGAGAUGUACGGAGAAAGAGACGAAGAAAGUGAUAGUGACGAAUAUGAGGAUGAAGACGACGAAGACAGUGACGACGAACAUCCGUUUAAAAGGCUCAAGUUAGGUGAAAUUUUAUCGCCUUUAACGCAUCCAUCGGAGGUUAUAUCGCACCCUGCUAUCCUGAAGACAUACAAGCUGCCGAUUUUCAAUAAGAUGUCUUACGAAUUGAUUGAAACGAUCGAAUUGGAGCAAAACAACUUGAAUUGGUUGAAUAAGUUGCUUCAGGUCUUAAAUGGCGAGGAUUGGUUUUUCUUGCUUGAAGAAAACCUCGGAUUGCUAAAGUAUGAUCACGGACUAAAUGAUGAAUCUAAUAAUAAUACUACUGCGGAAAAUGAUGGUGCUACAGAUGCCAAAAAAGAAGAGCGCAAAUCUGGACAUAAGUCGCUGAAAUCUCUGGCUGAAACCAAUGGGCAUCGGGAUAAUAAGGAAGCCGAGGAGCAGCAAGGGGAAGUGGAAGAUCCGCCAAAACGAAUCACAAGAACCUCAACAUCACAAAAUGAAAAGGAAUCAACCGAAGUUAACGACCCAUUCUUUGCUCUUCCAAAGACUUUGGCCAGGUACGAAGCUCAUCAGAAUCAAGUUGUGGACGAAACAAGCGAUGAAUUGCUUGUCAUUCAAGAAGAUUUAAUCAACUAUUUACAAGUUAGCGUCCAAAGACAACAAGAAUAUAUCAAGAACUUAAUACAAAUAAGAAAUGGAUUGGUCAGAGCUGAGAGAUUAAAACAAGAUUUACAUAAAUGGGGUAAAGAGAUGUACGAUAAGAAAAGUAGCUAA